CCCAGCUAAGCACUGGAUGUUAGUGGCUGACAUGGCACACUAAACAGGAUGUACAUAGCUGCCUUAUAGAGAGCAGGUCUAAGGUCUUCUGGAAAUACUAAAGCCCCCUCCAUCCUAUACAUGCAUGGUGCUGGCAGACAAGGGGUACGUGGAGUUUGUAUCUGUGAGCUGUCAUGGAGAGCCCAGCUGUUACUUUUACAUUAGCCUACUUGGUAUUCACUGUAUGUUUUGUGUUCACUCCCAAUGAGUUCCACUCUGCUGGUAUCACUGUGCAGAAUCUGCUAUCUGGCUGGCUGGGGAGUGAGGAUGUAUCCUUUAUACAUUACCAUAUCAGGAGGACCACGGCCACUGCUCUGGUGCAUUGCCUGCUACCCUUGGGAUACUACAUAGGGAUGUGUUUUGCAGCCCCAGAAAAAGAGCUUUACUAUUUCUACAAAGUCAGUGAUGGCUGGAAAGCAUUCGUUUUGCUUGCUGUUAUAUUACCAGCAUUUACAAGCAUAUUAGCAUUUUACUGGUCCCAGAAGAAAUGGAGUAAACACCCCAUUGCACGGACAUUGGCUCAUCAUGCUCUUCCUUAUUCAGACUGGAGAGUUGUAGCAUCUUCAAUCAAUACAGAGUUCAGGAGAAUUGACAAGUUUGCAACGGGGGCCCCUGGAGCCCGAGUGAUUGUCACAGAUACAUGGGUUAUGAAAGUGACAACAUACAGGGUCUAUGUUGCUCAGCAGCAGGACAUUCAUCUGACAGUGACUGACUCAAGGCAACAUGAGCUGUCUCCAGACUCAAACACUCCGGUUCAAUACAUCACAAUACGAGUAGCCAGCAUUAAUCCAAAAGUGAAACCUUUUGAUAUCAGGUUGAAUUCUACAGAGUAUGGGGAACUGAGAGAGAAGCUUCAUGCCCCCAUCCGUAAUGCUGCUAAUGUUGUGAUUCACCAGACACUCAGUGACCUGUUUCUGGAGACCUUCAGAUCUCUGGUUGAAACAAAUCAUUAUUAUGAGCUGCCGAGCAAUCAGGAACUUGCUGCAUGCAUAGGCUGUAUGCAGAUAAAUGCCAACAUCAAACUUGUGAAAUAUUGCCAGGAGCCCAAUGAAGGAGAGUGCCAGCAGUGCUACUGCCGGCCAAUGUGGUGCCUUACUUGCAUGGGGAAGUGGUUUGCUAGUCGCCAGGAUCAACAGCACCCAGAAACCUGGCUCUCUAGCAAAGUGCCAUGUCCGACAUGCCGUGCAAGGUUUUGCAUUGUGGAUGUUUGUAUUGUGCGAUGAUGGAACUUUCAGAAUCUGUGGGUUUCAAAUUUUGGUUUACUUCAAAUAUAUAACCUAAUACAACUAAAACAGGUUUUGUUAAUUUUAUUGCCAAAAAAACUCUAAUAUGAUCUAAAAAAAGGCCUGUGAAUCUUGGUCCUCUGUGUGAUGAGACAUAACGGUGUUCAGCUUAAGCCCAUGACAGUAUAUGGUAUAGAUUGUAUUGAAUUAGGAGGGCAUUUGAGGCCCAUUCUUAUUACUUGAGUGGUGAAUCCAUUUCUACUGUGAAAGAGCAGUCUACAAAGUUCCAUAAACUCGUACUUACGUAAUAGAUGCAAACUUCCAAAUAACAGACUGAAACACUAUAUAAUGAGAAAUAUUUAAAACUGCUUUAUGGAAAACGAGGAUUAAACUGUAAAACAAGUGUUACAGAAAAGAGGCAUAAAGCCACAGCCUUCAUGUAUAGCCCAAUAUAAAAAGAUUACACAAAUUGCUUGUAAAGUGAUUUUUUUCUGUUCUUUCUGUGCUGUUUUGCUGGCUUCUUGCAUAAAGUGGAACAGUCCAGUUACUUUUAGCGGUGAUGGAAUACACGCAGUUAUGCUAUGAUUUAAUUUGUAGAUUACAGAAGAGUGGCGCUGAUCCCAAGGGAUUCUGAUGUCGAUUUGUGUAGCCUCUUCUUAUAAACUGCAAUGGAGAUCCACAAUAGUGUUAUACGUACAACCCAGUGCGCAUACUAAAUGGGAAAUACUCACAGGGAGUCAGUUUCCAAUAACCGUAGAUUUAUUUCAUUCAGAAGAAAUUACAGCUCCUUUGUGAAACACUUCAGGCUCAGCAUCAACCUUUAAUAGCCUCAAAGCGUUUCAACAAAUAUAUUGUCUUUUUCAAGAACAAUAUAAUUAAAACCGCAAUCACAGUUUGAGUUAUUCCAUGAUUUCACCAACGCAUUGUCGUAUCCCUACUGCAGAUCAUGAUAGAUGCCAGUUAAAAUCUUUUAUUUAAAAUAAAGACAUAAAGUUAUUCUCUUCUAAUGAAAUAGAAUAGCUGGGCUGGAGUGAGCUAGCACUGGUUCAUGUUCUAAAGAACCUCUGUGUGCAUUGAUCAGCUGCUCUCCAAAGCAUAUACAUUCUGGAAAAUACUCAAUGAAAGCAUAACAUCUUUUGUGACAAAAUAACAAAAGCCAUGUAGAGGUGAUGCAGCGUUACAAUGGUUGUUUUCUCUGUAUUUUCAUUUUGAUGAUAUUUUUUUCUCUUUUUUGUUGAGAAAUAAACUUCAAGUCAUAAACUUUCAUAUUACAGUAUUUUCUUUCUGAUUUAAAGAACACUACAUGCUCUUGUUAGCGUGUGCAAUUUUGCAUCAAUAAGCCCCUGUAAAGGGGUUAACCACAUAGGCAAACUCCUGCUUGCGUCUUCUGUGCUGGAAUUUACCUAUGUCUUUAACCUCUUUGUGGGGCUCCUACAUACAGGGCCGGAUUACAAUUUGCGAGCCGACUGCAGCACGCUUGUGAUAUAUUUUUUAUUUAGGAUCCCUCACCAGUCCUUAUGUUAUUAAAUAAUAAUAUUUAAUAUUAAGGACUGGUGAGGCUAGAGAGGAUGAAGACGCUCGAGGGAGCCUAAAUAAAAAAACAUAUCGCGCGCAUGCGCUGCAGUCAGUGUGCGAUUUGUAAUCUCUGCAACAGUUAGCUUCUAUUGUUGGUUACAAAAUGGCAUGCUAUAACAAAUUAGACCAUUCAGUGUUUACAUAAUCUCUCUUUUAUUAUAGUGGUAAAAAUAUAUUUGUAGAAAAUAUUUUUUUCCAACCAUUACGUUAAGGUAAAUAGGAUUAAAUGUUUGUAGUUUUCUCCAUAAUAUCUAGUAAACAUAUAUAUAUAUUCUCAGAUGCUUCUGGUUAUUUGAAUACUUUUUAUGCUAAAUGAAAGCUGUGGAAAUAGUAUUGUAUUGUAUAGCUAUACAAUGAUUGAUUUACUUGGUAUUACAAUUAGUAAUAUAGGAUUAUUGAAAUUACCUAGAAAAUACUGAAUGAUAAAAUGUGCUGUGAUACCACUGAGUGAUUUGGUUCGGCAUGAUAAAAUGUAUUCUUACUGAACACAGAAAGUACAAUAAUUGUGUUAGAUCAAAUGUCAUGAAGGCAACCAUGUUUCAAAUUACGGUUGUAUAAAUCACAAGUAUUAAUUUAUAUGAAUUACAAAAUUGUUCAUAUAUAUUUGUAUUUUGAAAUAAAGUUAAAAUGUUUUA